AUGUCCACCCAACAAAUAACCCUCCGCCCCCGACCCGAAACCCUCGACACGGUCCGCCUCCGCGACAUAAACCUCCCCCUCCCAGUUGCCCCCGAAGCCUGGCAUCGAACCGGAAAAUCGCAACCCUGCACCGCAACCCUAAAACUCACCUACUCGUCCAUAAUCACCGCCGCCGAAACCGACAAUGUGAGCUUAACGCUCGACUACGGCAAACUUUUCCGCCGGUUAGACAGCGAUGUGCGCAGCAUGGCUGCUCUCUCUAUAUCGACGGAUCACCCGCAUAAAUCUAUGGUUAAUGUCUCCGGGACGCGGACUGCGGAUCUGGAUGAUAGGUCCUAUGCGACUGGUCUUGACCCGCGUGUCACGGGUGCGAUUGUGGCGAAUGCUGGAUUGGGAAUGUUGGAGGAGACAGCUGAGAGGGUUGGUGGGAACGGGGGUGGCGAGAGUGUGUCUGGGGAAUUUGGGGAGUGUGAGGUGAAUUUGGAGUUUGGUAAGGCUAUUUUGAGGGCUGAGGGGGGUUUGGGAUAUCGGGCUGUUACUGUUUGGGGGGAUAAGGAUGGGGUGAAGUGUCCGGUUGUUUUGGAGGAGGAGUUCCGCAUUGAGGGGAUUCGGUGUCAUGCUGUUCUUGGAGUUAAUCCUCAUGAGAGGGUUGAGAAGCAAGCUGUUGUUGUUGGGUUGGUUUUCAAGGGUGAGGGGUUGCGGAGUUGGGGGUCAAAGGUUGUGGCUAGUUAUCAGGAGGCUGUCAGGGCUGUUGCUGAGCAAGUUGAGGAGACUGACUUUCAGACUGUGGAGUCUUUGGCUACGUUCAUUGCUCGCAUUGUUACCGUGGACUUCGGCAAUGAGUUUGUUACCGUUAAGGUUGAGAAGCCUAGUGCUCUUGCUUUUGUCGGGAGAUCUGGUGUUGAGAUCACUCGGUCAAGGGUGUUCUUUGAUACUCACGACGUGCCGCGGAAGUAG